AUGGACGGCACAAACAACACGACAGAUUGGUUUUUGUUUCAGAACUUUUCAAACUCGACGCAGCCCAAGGAAGAGGAGGUGAAGCUGAGUUACCAGGUGGUCACGUCCUUCCUGCUCGGCGCGCUUAUCCUGUGCGCAAUCUUUGGGAAUGCGUGCGUAAUCGCAGCCAUCGCCUUGGAGCGCUCUCUCCAGAAUGUGGCAAACUACCUGAUCGGUUCUCUGGCGGUGACAGACCUCAUGGUGUCCGUACUGGUGUUGCCUAUGGCGGCGCUCUACCAGGUGUUGAACCGGUGGACUCUCGGGCAGAUCCCGUGCGACAUCUUCAUCUCUCUGGAUGUGUUGUGCUGCACUUCAUCCAUCCUGCACCUGUGCGCCAUUGCCCUGGACAGAUACUGGGCGAUAACUGAGCCCAUAGACUACAUGAAGAAGAGGACACCGAGGAGAGCGGCCGUCCUCAUCAGUGUCACCUGGCUCGUAGGAUUUUCCAUCUCUGUGCCGCCAAUGUUGAUCAUGCGCUCCCAGCCCAGCAGCAUGGCAGAGGACAGGGCGAACCCCAAACAGUGCAAGAUUAGACAAGAUCCCUGGUACACAAUAUACUCGACAUUUGGGGCUUUUUACAUCCCGCUGACACUGAUGCUGGUUUUAUACGGGCGAAUAUUCAAAGCGGCAAGAUUCCGAAUAAGGAGGACUGUGCGUAAAACGGAGAAAAAGAAAGUUACCGAUUCUUGCUUGGCCAUAUCCCCCGCGCUUUUCCACAAAAAGACUCAGGGAGACGCGCAGGGAAAGACCUGGAAAAGAAGCGUGGAGCCCCGGCCGCUGCCGAGCGUCAACGGCGCGGUGAAGCACGCGGAGGACGGCGAGUCUCUGGAAAUCAUCGAAGUGCACAGCAACUCCAAAGGUAACCUGCCGUUGCCCAACACCAUGAGCUCCGUGCCUUUGUUCGAGAACAGGCACGAGAAGGUGACCGAGGCAAAGAGGAAGAUAGCGCUGGCACGUGAGCGCAAGACUGUGAAGACUCUGGGCAUCAUCAUGGGUACCUUCAUCUUCUGCUGGCUGCCUUUCUUCAUCGUCGCCCUGGUCAUGCCUUUCUGCAAGGAGUCGUGCUACAUGCCCGGCGCGUUGGAGGAUGUCAUUAACUGGCUGGGUUACUCCAACUCUUUACUCAAUCCCAUCAUUUACGCCUACUUCAACAAAGACUUUCAGAGCGCCUUCAAGAAAAUCAUCAAGUGUCAUUUCUGCAAACCGUGA